CGGUAGCGGGGAAUACACCCAGGGUGACGCCAGAGAGUCAUAGAGAUUACGGCUAUAUCUGUGGUAAAUUUACUGAGUACUUUCAUUGCAGGAUACAUAUACGGGUAAAUUGUUGCUGCUAAAGCAACUGCCAAUCAAGAUGUCUUCACCAUCGCCUGAGUCCCCGGGUGUGAAAAAUGAGGCUCCAAAAGAGAAGGAUUACCGAACCCCAGGAUUGAGAGGCGUGAAGACAACUACCCUUUUUAGGGCGGUCAACCCUGAGCUUUUUAUCAAACCUAAUAAACCAGUUAUGGCAUUUGGACUUAUAACCAUUACCUUGUGUAUUUCUUACAUCGCUUACUUACAUGCAACUGAAGAAAAUAAAAGAGAUGUAUAUGAAGCUAUUGACAGUGAAGGCACAAGAUACACAAGAAGGAAAACUUCCAAGUGGGAUUAAUUUGAAAACUGAAUAUGAUUUGUGCUCAUUAAAUAUUUAAUUAUGUAAAA